GUUACUCUGUAGAUGCCUUGAGCAGCCUCAUCACCAGACUCCAAUGUCAUCUCCUCCAUGAAGCCCUGGCUGCCACUCACAGAGAAGCAGGCUGAGUCCUGCACCAGGGUGCCUGACUGGGGAGGAGAGUGGCCUAAAAGCAUAUGCUCUUUGUUUGCAGGCCCCAUGGGCCCAGGAGGCUGGAUCUGUUCAGAGUUCUCUUGCGCCCCAUUCCAUUUGACACCCCAGCCAAUGGCCCAAGGUUCACAACUUCUCCAGCCCUCCACGAAGAAGCUGGAGGGAGUAGGGUGCACAGGCUCUUUGAAGAUGCUGAGUGAGGUCCCAGGGCACCCACAGGAGCAGCCACCUCAGCCCAGGGACACAGAAUCUCUGCCCGGCCAGGCAGCAGGCGCUGACUCUCACGCUGUCCGGUUCGAAGAGCUGUUUUCCCCAGGUACUUGCAGCAGCAGCUGGCCUGGGACCCGCCCCCAGGCAAAGUCCGCUCCGGAGCCUGUCACUCCUGGGCGCGGGCCACCCAGCCCCUGGCGCCCUGGCGCUCAGCGCUCCCUGGGCGCGCCCUCUGGCGGCAAGAGCCCUGAACAUUCGCAAGCGGCGAAGGCUGGGGAGUGUUAUUCUGGGCACCCAUCGACCGAAUCGCUGGGCAGGGCCGCAAGGCGCAUGUGCUCUUUCUGUGAGUCUAAGAAGACUGUGCUCACAGCAGGUGGAGAAAGAGCUUACAUUUCUUACCGACAGCUCUUACUCAGGGAGCUCGCAGCAGUGGUGCGUGUAUGCGUGCACACGCCCCUCGUGGCCGAGUCCUUUCCUCCGAACCCAGCAGAAGAUCUGAACAGGUCUGAACCCCCAGGUCUCACCUCAAGAGUGAAAUCGAAGCAAGUUUUGUUAGGCCUGCUGAUUUUAAAGGAGGAGGACCCUGUGCAUCCAGAGAACCCACUGAAGGAUGUAGGCUGCAUCAUCACUCACUCUGGAAGGAAGUUAACGAAAGCCGUGCCUGCCCUGGCACAGCUGCCCACCUGCUGCUUUGGAGAUGAGGAGUAG